UUGCAGCUGAGCCAGAAGCACUGGGGAGGGGGCGGCCACCGCUGCAGAGACGCGCGCGCGCCGCCGCCCUUCCCCCUCCCCCGCCCCGCCCCGCCCCGCCCCUCCCGCCGCGCUCCCGGGGUGGGGGCUGCCGCCGGCCUCUAGUCCGGCCAGGAGCCGUCGGUCGGUCCCUGCCUCCCUCCCGCACUCCCCCCGCUCCGGCCCCUCGCCGCCUGGGCCGCCUGGAAGGGCCGGGAGCCGCAGCGUUCCGUAAUCGAAGGUUUUGGGUCGGGCUGCUCGGGCGGCGGGCGCUGCGUUCCGAAAGCGAAGCUCGGCGGCGGCGGCGGCGGCGUUCGGAAGCGGAACUCUCCUGGGGCCGCGGCGGCUACAUUGUUUCCUCCUCCUCCCUCCCCGCCCCGGGCCGCGCGGCGGUCCCCUCGCCUCGUCCCGGCGCUCGGGCUCUCCCGGCCGCUUCCCGCUCCUUCCCUCCUGCGCUCCUUUGUGCCCCUCCUGCCGGGGACGCCCCCCGCCCCCCAGCCCCCCAGCCCCCGGCCGCAUGGACCGCCCCGCAGCCCACUGAUGUCGCCGGCGGCGAGGUGGGCCGGACCGCAGCGCUCGGAGAGAGCUCUAAUGGUACCAAGUGACGGAUCCUUCUUGUGAGAGUUGGACGUCAGAACUCAAGAUGUCGGCAAUCCAGGCCGUCUGGCCAUCCGGUACAGAAUGUAUUGCCAAGUACAACUUCCACGGCACAGCCGAGCAAGACCUGCCCUUCAGCAAAGGGGAUGUGCUCACCAUAGUUGCUGUCACCAAGGACCCCAACUGGUACAAAGCCAAAAACAAAGUCGGCCGGGAAGGCAUCAUCCCAGCCAACUAUGUGCAGAAACGGGAAGGAGUGAAAGCCGGCACCAAGCUGAGCCUCAUGCCGUGGUUCCAUGGAAAGAUCACUCGGGAGCAGGCAGAGAGGCUGCUCUACCCCCCAGAGACAGGCCUGUUCCUGGUCCGAGAGAGCACCAACUACCCGGGGGACUACACACUGUGCGUGAGCUGCGAGGGCAAGGUGGAACACUACCGAAUCAUCUAUUCUGCCAGCAAACUCAGCAUCGAUGAGGAGGUCUACUUUGAGAAUCUCAUGCAGCUGGUAGAGCACUACACCACCGAUGCCGAUGGACUCUGCACUCGCCUCAUCAAACCAAAGGUCAUGGAGGGGACUGUCGCAGCCCAAGAUGAGUUCUCCCGAAGUGGCUGGGCUCUCAACAUGAAAGACCUCAAGCUGCUUCAAACCAUUGGCAAGGGCGAGUUUGGGGAUGUGAUGCUCGGGGACUACCGGGGGAACAAAGUCGCCGUUAAGUGCAUUAAGAACGACGCCACCGCUCAGGCCUUCCUGGCAGAAGCUUCAGUCAUGACGCAACUCCGGCAUAGCAACCUUGUGCAGCUACUCGGGGUGAUCGUGGAGGAGAAGGGGGGCCUUUAUAUCGUUACGGAGUACAUGGCCAAGGGCAGCCUCGUGGACUAUUUGCGAUCAAGGGGCAGGUCGGUGCUGGGUGGAGAUUGCCUCCUCAAAUUCUCCCUGGACGUGUGUGAAGCUAUGGAGUACCUGGAGGCCAACAACUUUGUGCACCGGGACCUGGCGGCCAGGAACGUGCUGGUGUCCGAAGACAACAUCGCCAAGGUCAGCGACUUCGGCCUCACCAAGGAGGCCUCCAGCACCCAGGACACCGGGAAGCUGCCCGUCAAAUGGACGGCCCCUGAGGCCCUGAGAGAAAAGAAAUUCUCCACCAAGUCUGACGUGUGGAGUUUUGGGAUACUCCUCUGGGAAAUCUACUCCUUCGGCCGAGUGCCUUAUCCGAGAAUCCCUCUGAAGGACGUGGUCCCAAGAGUGGAGAAGGGCUACAAAAUGGACGCUCCGGAUGGCUGCCCAGCCGCCGUCUAUGAAGUGAUGAGGAACUGCUGGCACCUGGAUGCCGCCAACCGGCCCACCUUCCUGCAGCUUAGGGAACAGCUAGAGCAUAUCAAAGCCCACGAGCUGCACCUGUGAACGCCAGGGUGGGGGUGGGGGCACCCCAUGGGCGUCCCGUGCCACCCUCUUCAAUCACCUGUCUCCCCUACCCUCAACACAAAGACUGAGGUGCUGUUGAGAACUGGACCAGCUCAGACUGAACCCCGUCCUGGGAAAGACUGUGCCCACCUUUCUGGCCUCCCCCCAGGACAGGCUGGGGACAGGGGGCGGGACUCGAUCCUGGGCUGGGGAGCAGCUGCCAGGUCCUUGAUCCCAAAGUGAAGCGGCCUCUGGCCCUGUCCCGGCUCCCCCCCAGCCCGAUCCCCCCCCAGCCUCCCGCCACCUCUUUUCCAUCACAGGAGGCCCACGUUGGCCUGUCCCUCUCUCACAGGUCAGCCGAGUGGGGACCAAAGGGGCUUGGGGGACCGCACUGAAACGGGAGGAAGGGGCGGACUCCCUUGUCUCCCCCUGUCCUCCUGGUUCCUGCCUGCCUCUCCUUCUCAUUUUCUUCCUUCUCCUUUUUUAUAAUUUUUUUGCGUUUUUUUUUUUAAUUUUCAAGUUGAGGAGAAAAAAAAAUACCCCACGUUGGGCAUUUUACAAGAAGUACGAAUCUCAUUCUUCAUGUAUUCAGGGCAGAGGGGGAAGGGAACGGAGAGCAAGGAAACGCCCCUCUCCCCAGGUUCUCCCCCUCCGACCCUCGUCAGAAGCAGCCCGUGCCCUCCCCUGCCCGUCUCCCAGCCUCGGGCCUCGUGUUUGCGCUUGACCCUGUCUCAAUGUUGCAUGCCGAUCCCAGAGGCCUUUGCGUUUCUGUCCGGUGCUUUAAUCUCAUGUAUUGCUGCCCACCCUGUGAGAUGAAACUGUAAUAAAUCAUUCCAUGAGGACACCCAACCUCCCUGCGUCCUCUCUGGGGGCCCGCCUCCCUCCACACCCCCACCCUGGGGGGGCCCCUCCGAACCCGGCUGGGGCUUGAGAGGAUCCCCCCCACGCCACUCUCCCUGUCAUCCUGUCCAUUCCCCUGUCUCUACGAGCAGGACUGUGCUUGUCCCGUUGUACCGAGUGAGGGGAGCGGCUGGGGCUUCUUGGGGAGAUGUCAGCUGCCUUCUGUUACCCGCAUGAGUGUCUCGUGUCCGUCACCAUCAGCGAGCUCUGGCCUCCCUCCUGCUUCAGUGGGAAGCCCGCCUCUCAUUCCGUGGGGGUGGGGCCCGUGACGACGGAGAAGUCGCAGAUGGGCGCCCGAAUUCUCGUGCUGUUGGCUCUGUGGCUUGGGGGUGGGGGUGUCUUCUGCUGUGUACCUCCCUGGUCCCGUCCCCAGCUCCUCCCCUUCUCCGGCCCCACCAGCUCCCAGGUCAGAUUGGGCAGAGUUACCGCAGAUGGGACAAGGUGUCAGCCGUCUGAGGCCUUUCAAACCCCCUUUAUUUUGAGGCUGUCGAGUAUGGAGAGGGGGGGAGGGAGAGGAGGGCUAACGUUCUCUGGGGCCGCAUUGGCGAUGGGACCGUGUUCCCUGGGGGGUGGCUAGGGACGGAGGCAGAAGCCCGAGUCCUAGGAGAACCAACCAACUCACAGGCUGGAGGAUUCAUGUAUGGGAGCCCCUUUGUACGUCCGCCCCAGGCAGGGGGAACCCACGAACCCAGGGCGUGGGGAACUCACGGAGGAAGACAAGGCUCUUGGAACAUAAUGGCCAUGGGCUUAAAUGUGGAUGUCUUAGGGACACUAUGUCCCACGGUGGAGAGAUUGGUGUUGGAAUCCGUGGCUAGGGAAGGCUUCCUGGAGGGACCAUGACUGGGUCCUGAGACUGAUGAGAUUUGGAAAAGAUGGAGGAUAGGUGGAUUGGGUGGGGGGGCAAGAGUUCUGUGCACCCCUCAAGGGCCCAGCGAAAGGCUGGGUGGAGAAAGGUCUCCCUUGACCAGUGAAGUUUGCUAAUACAUGAGCUCCUAUUGGAACAGCCUGAACAACCCCUUCAGCCACACAGCAUUUCCUACUGCUGAUCUUGUAACUCUUCCUGGAGUCCCAGAGGCCACACACAGCCCUUGAAUCUGGGCGUCGUCCACACCUAAGCCCCAGUUAUCUCCCCCUUUUUAGGGCCUGAUCCUUAACCACUAAACAGGCUUCCCAGGGCUUAUUCCCGGGGGGACACAUCUGCUUGAUGUGACACCCAGAGAAUGGGAAUGUUUGUGUUUUCCCGGGAGCAUUAUUUGUGGCUCAGGGACUUAGCCCACACAGACACGCUGAACCCUGGUUUGCUUAUCCAAUUCCCCUACCCAUCCAAUGGCUUCCAAUAAGUAACCUUUUUCUCCUUGGGGGACACCUUAGUGAGAGACUUGAUUGUAAUCCUACCAAACACAUUCAUCCUGGUUCCAGAGUUCACAAAAUUGAACAUCUGGGCCAACUAAGCAUCCUAAUAGGAAUUCCGCCUCCCCCUCCCCCCAAGAUGUCUCUGGCAAAUGGUCAUCCGACUUCUGGGAGCAGAGGAGAGCUCGCAGCUUCCAGACAGCCAAACUUCCCCUCCAUUCUUCCUCCUCCUGCACAGCCAAUUAUAGUAGCCUCCUACCUGGUUGGCCUGCCUUUUAUUUUUUCCCUUUUGUAACCAUGGUAAGGAUAUAAGGGUUGGGAUAGGGGAUUCCCAGGUGGGCACAUUCCUUCCACCAUUGCAGAGCGGCGCCUUCUCUGCCAUUAAUUGCCUACGGUACCACCAGGUUAAGUGACUUGGUGAGGUCAUAUGUCGUGAUUAUUUAUCAAAGCUAGGACUCCGAAAUCAAGUCUUCCUGCUUACGCAUGGUAGCCAGAAGGAUUUCUCUCUAACACCUACCUCUCACAGUCAAGCCAGUUUUAUACUCCCAAACCUUCUGUGGCUCCCUUUGGCCUGCUGAAUAAAAUCCAAGCUCAGCCUGGUAA